AGAGAAGGAGGGAGAGCAGGGUAGAGAUGAAUAAAGAAAGGGUGGUUGGAGGGGGGUAUUUAGUGGCUAACUCGACUGUUAGAGGUGACCUUGUGGAUUUUCAGCUCAGCUCUACAGAGAUUGGAAAGCGCCUCACAGACGCAAAGUGAACAGGACGGAGAAACAGAAGUCUCAUUGUCACAGAGACAGACAGAUGAGGUUUUCCAGUCAACCUGCAGACAGAUGUGGAAGCUGCUGCUGCUGCUCUCACCGCUUGAGGAAGCUGGAUCAAUCAGCCUGGAAUCAGACGGCAGCAGCAUGCCUCCUUAACCAGCACUGAGCUGUCCACCUUCGUCCAUCUCUCUACAAUCCAGUCUCUCCACUUGGUGAAGAUGUAGUCUGUUUGAUCUCCAUGGAGAUGUCUCCAAACACAGUCUCCUCUGCCUCGUUGCCAUGGUCACUGUGGUUGCUGUUCUUCCUGACCCCCGUCACCCGGACAACAAGUUCUGUGCCCACAUCUGAAACUUUUCUGCCGGCCAACACCACGCUGUUGUUUAACAGUGGCGCUCCGGGGUACAGCCUGCGGAACUGCAGCUGCUCAGCACCCGUCCAGGACUGCAACGAGGCUUUGGCCAACUCACUAUGCAGAUGCCACACGGUUUUGCGCUCUGCUCUGCCCCCUGCUGGGCUCAGAGAGCCUGGACAACUCACCGUCUGGGUGAAGGAGCUCUGGGACCUGGAGGAGCUGCUGAACAGAAGCAUGGUUGGCCAUUUGCGGUUGUCCUUUUGUGGAAUAAAACCAAUAGACAGUCAGUACCUGGCUCUGCUGGGUCUACGGACCCUCAGGAUCCACAGCGCUGCAGCAGAAGCUCCCUACCCCAACCAGGAAAUUACAAUCUCCCCCACAGCAGGGGUUGCAAUGGAGCUAGAGGCCCUCUCCUUUGACUUCUCCUCCUACGUCCACGUGACCUUUCUGGAUGCAGCAGUUCUCAACGGGCUCUCUGCCCUGAAGGCAUACACUGUUGUGGGACCACCUGCUCACACACUCUCUGAGCACUUCCCCCACCUGGCCUUGCCCUUUGCUCUGCCAUCUUCUGCUACUCCUGAAGACCCUACGGACCCCGACGAGCAGGCUGCAGAGCCAGAGGAGAACCUGCUCAUGACGUUUGUCUACUAACAACAAGUUGAUUGGAGGGCGCAGUCAGGCUUGCAGCGACAAAUGAUGCGAUCAUAGAGGACACAGCUGGAUGUUUUUUUGCACACCUGACAUAUUCUCUGUGGAAUAUAUUGACUUUUUGUAUGCCUGGCUGCUGUACUGUCAUUCUGGCCUAAAUGUGGCUUUGAACAGACAGGCUUACAUCUUUCUUACCCUGAUGCUUUUUUUUCUUUACGGAGAUUAUUGACUCUUACACUCCUGCUGCUGUUUUUCCAUCCCUGCGCAGAAAUUCAUGCACUCGUACCGCAAACAGUCACACGGUCUGGCUAUGUUUACACCAGCUACAGUACAGCAUAUUCUGGGUAUCACCCCAUAUUUGCUGACCAGAAAGCUGUAAUGACCCCGAUCCUAACAACCUAAUGCUCCAGUUAGAGGCGAUGAUUUGCUUGUGCUAAUCUUUCUGGAACUGCUGUACAUACGGGGGCUUCAAUUUAUGGUCAAACAGUGUGUUUACAUGCAUAAAUAUUAUCUCUUAUCCUUGUUAUGACUUACAUACAGGAGAGUGUUUUACAUGCACAAAACACAUUCUGCUUACAAUUGUUGGUACCACUUAAGGAAGCCAAUGAUUUAAUUUAAUAAGGGAUUCUUUAUAAAGGGGGUUAUAAAGUAGUAACCGGUGGCUUUAUCAAGGAAUCAAGGAAAUGUAUUUAUGAAAGUUUGUAGUUUCCUUCAUUCUACACAGAUAGAAAAAGAUAAUCAAAUUGAUAGAAUAACAUAUAAAAUAAAAAUAAAAUAAACUAAAUCAAUAUAUGCAGUUAUUUAUAUACACACACAUCUAUACUUUAGAUAGUGAUGAGAAUAUGGUCCUGGGCUCCUGUCGACUCGGAACACAGUCCACCAAUCGAGUGCUUGAUCCAGGAUGUUGAUGGAGCAGGUCUCUGUCAAGAUGUGGGCACAACAGUCUCUGAUUUCCCAUUGUUUAGUCCCAUUUCGGCCAAAACCAGACGUUAGCCAGGAGCAGCCUUAAGUCCAAGGUGGGCCAGCAUGGCUCCUAUCCAUCUCUCUUCCCUCUCCUCCUGGAGCAUCAUCACCCGCUGUCGUGGAGCGGGUCCUGCUGGGUGGCUCGUCCUUAAGGUCCGCUGCUCUUUAAUCCAAAUCCCACCCUUUCUUUUCCGAUGACUGCGGGCUGUUCCUGUCGUAGGUCAUACUCAAAAUCUCCUGAAUACAGUCGAUUUAAACAAUCUUGGCUUAACCCUUAAAAAUUAAACCCAAUCAGACAUCAUUCCAUUUUGAAGGAGCUACUGACCUCUGCAUCUACAUGUGCAGUCGUUGCCAUGGAGAUACAAGCACUUACUAAUGCUUUAGGACUGUUUGACAAAUUCAGUCCAACACUUAAUUUGCUCAAAUUAAUUCACACACAAUCCGUAUAGCAUAGUAUCAUCACUUCAUCAUCAUCAUCAUCAUUAUUUUUUGAGAUCACAUCACUCCACAUCUGGCCUUGAAAACUCCCUGGCUUGAUCAGAUGACAGGCAGCGACUGAACGUGUGAUCAGUGUAACCGUAGCCACAACUGUCCAGACAGGCUGUGGGCUGAUAUGCCAUCUGCUAGAACAAUAUCCGAGACAAACCACACGCCCGCUCCCAAAGAGAGAUGAGAUGUUCCAGAUCCCGCUUCCAGCUGCCAAGUGGGUGUUAGCUCCCGUCCAGGUGUUGUCAGAUAUAUCGGGGCAGCAGGAUAGCAUAGACAGCAGGGAGGAGGCCUUUGACUAGACUUUGGCUGCAGUUGUUUCUUGAGUUUUGAGUUGACAAUUGAUUGGAAAAUCUGGAAUAAAUGAGUGGAGAAACGUAACAGAUGCAGAUGCUUCCAUGCAGGACAUGAGGACACACUGAUGGGUUUGAGGAGUCUGAAAAUGAUGGAUCAAUGUGCAGAUACCACCUUUUUCACAUUUCCACCACCAUCAUCAAAUAAUAAUGUCUUUUAGAGGAAUGGUGGUUCGCCUACCUUAAUAUUUCAGUUGAUAUUACAUUUGUGUUCAAAUUAUCACAAAUGUACUGGCAUCCAGCAUAGAAAUGGUUUGUUUCUGGGACUGUGGAAAAUAUGUUAGGAGCACUUUUUAGUCAGGGUUGCUCAACUGGGGACCAUCUCUUUUUGUUCCUCCUGGAUGGUUAAUCCAUCUCUGGAUUAGUCAGUGAAAGGAUGUCUGCCCACUCAGGCUGAAACCAGGCCACAUUUGGCGAACAUCUUGGUUACAUAAAAUGUUUUUCUAACAGCAUUUCUAUGGAAAGUUGCAACAUGUGGCUGGUCUCAUAUAUGUUGAAAUGAUGUACAGUCUCAAUGAAUGAGGUGCUGUGGGGAAAGGAGAAAGCAAAAGGACAAAUUCCUGCCUCAGGGAUCAAUAGAGCAUCAUAAAAAAACAAGAUGUACUGUGGCAGCUGACUGCAGUGAACACUGGCUGGAACCAAUCCAGACUAUCCAGAGUGGGGUCAGAGUCUGCGCCAGAGCUGGAUGAUACUAUUGUGUCUGGGAGGGAGCUUUGAGUGUUGUGCUGCUUUGUUGAGGAUAUUUUAUAAAGUAAAUUAUAGCAAAAGCUAUAUGUUGUCAAGACAUAUAUCGACAACUGACAAACAGAUAGAAGAAUGUAUAAGAAAACAAAACAAUAGAAGACAAGGACUGUGUCAGUCCGCUGUGGUAUGAGCUGACGGAGAGGCGCAGUAGGCUCACUGUUAUGAAGGCUGCAAUCCGCUGCUGCGUUUUUCCAGCUGGCCUUAUUGAGUGCAGAUGGCCUAAUAAAACAAGUUGUUUUGAAACAGGUUAAAAUGGACGCCCAAUGAACAAGAGUCCCAGGGUUAGGAUCCUCUCUCACCAGCCAACAAACCUCAUUCUGUUUGGAUCAAAACUAUGACUUUGACUCUCUGACGAGUUGGAUGAGUUGUACGGUCCUAAACCCACUUAAAGCCAAGUUGGCAGGACUCUGUAAGGGAAGAUCGGGAACUAAAAGAGAAAUGUUCUCAGAAUCAUGUUGGACCUGAUUCAGUCACUCCACAGCUGUUUAUCAGAAGUCAAUCUGAACUUCUUGAACAGUUUGUGUUUUUGUGUCUGUAUAUUUUUGCAGUCACAUUAACCAAACGAGAAAGAAGUCGGAGGACAGUUUGAAAAAGAAAGUGGAUGUAAGAACUCUUUCUCUCUCUGGUUCCAGCUCAUAUCCUGUGAGAGACUUUGUUAAAGCUGCUCUCACAAACACAGUCCGGGGCCAACACUUCUGUUCUGCAGAUCAUUCAAAACUGUUCUGCAUCUGUGUGUGUGUGUGAGUGUGUGUGUGUGUGUGUGUGUGUGUGUGUGUGCGUGUGCGUGUGAGUGUGUGUGCAAGUUUGCAGGCGUCAGCACAUGGGCGUGUCUGUGUGUGUAUGUGUGCAUGUGCUUGCAUUCAUCUCCCUUUUUGCAACAUCAUAGUUAAUUUGUCGCUCUAUAGUCAUAGUUCAUUUAGAUCCUUUACAGUUACAGCAGAUGCAAUGUGUUGAGAUGCAAGUGUUGCAAGUGUUGUAUAUACUUCAUUUAUGCACUGAUUACGUGCAAGUAAACACUGUCAGUGAAACAAAGUUGCUACGCAAACUGUUGUAUCACUGUUCUGUAAUUAUUUAGAACUCCAGCUAAAUAAAUGCAGAUAUCACUGUCAGGUGAAAAUCCAGAAAAGCAGCCAUGAUUUGAGCUAUCUACUGUGCAUUUUUGUAUGCAUUAAAACUGUUUUAAUAAUCCAAAGGUUGGAAAGGUUGUCAAAAAACAACAGAGUUCAUGACUUGCAGGACUUCUGCAACCCCACACCCAAAACAAACUGGCCUUCAUUAGUAACGCAGUGUAGGGACUUGGCACCAUGCUGAGUGCCUCCAGUUCAUGCAUAAAAAAUUUGGUAACUUUUCAGGCAACGCUGUUUUUGACAGCAAACCUUGUGGGGUUUGAGAAGCUUACUGAAGUCCCUCAACAUGUAACUGAACUAAUGAAACUAUAAUGAAUCAGAUUAAUCCCACUUUAUAUCAUAAAUUGCCCAUAAGUCUCUAAAGGAUCAUGUUCUUACGUCUCCUGCAGGCCACUGUUUCACUAGCUUCUGUGAUUCAUUGGAUUCCAUUCAUUACCUCAUAUCUGUCAAUAGUCUUUAUGUUCCUGCAGUUUGCUAUACACAUAUAUAUUCAUAGAGCAUUUGAUAUUAAAAAUAGAUUGCUAUGUAAGUUAAACUUGCAAUACUGAUGACUAAUGUGUUAGCAUCCAGCAGACACAGAGCAACCAUUUUUGGUCUCAGCCAACUCCUGAGAAAAAUAUCUGUCUCUUUAGCUGCUACAAGCUCCACUGUGUUCACAAGCUAGUUGUAAACGUUGUCUGUCUGUUGUUUGGUGCUGAGCAGGUAGCGCACAGUGGAUUUAUCGGAGUUUUCUUUUACUGAAAACCGCUGCGGCCAAAAACUAUGCUAUGCUAUCAGUGAGAGUGAAUCAGAACAGUACAUUUGUGGGCCAAAAAAAUAAAACAAUGAGUUGAAAAACGGCAAAAACUUUAGAGCUGAAGGAAACUGCAAAGUAAGAUACUGCAACCAACGCUUUUCACAUACUCAUUUGAUCCAUUGCUAAUGUAAAAACACCAGUUAUUGCAACUUUAAAAAAAACUACAACUUCCAUGAAGUUUAUCAUUGCUUUUAUUAUACAUCACCGUAAAUCCCUUAUCCUUGAUAUACACUAAGGCUUUCUUCUAAAGUCAUCUUUCCAACUUUCUGUUCUUGCACGACUCGACUUGCCUUAAAAGUGAUAAGAUUUAAUCUAGGAUGGUUUGGGCUCGUGGGAAAUGCAUGGUUCCUGCAAAAGGCUGCUGAAAACAGUAGGCUAUUAAUAUUUUUUAUUCACAUCCAUCUCUAAAGAAAUGGACAGAAAUGCACAACAUACUGCUGAGUAAGCUUACGUUUCAAAGCUAGAUUGCCAAUUCAAUAAUUUAGAAAAUGCGUAUUGUAUGAUUCUGAAUGAGUAUUUGGAAAGAAGCAAAUCCUAAAUAAUACUUUUUAAAUUGCCAUUACACCACACUGCAACACUGUAGCCAUCGACACAACAAUGUCCUCUGUGAAAAAGAUAAUGACUACAGAAAGAAUGUGGCCGUUUUUCCAUUUACGUCAGUGCAGUUAUUCUUUUCUUUGUCCCCUUUUGUGGCCACCAAAGAUGCUUUGUUUCAGCCCAGUCGUACAUAACACAAUUUUUAUGCGUUACCAGAUCUUUCUUUAGUUUGAUGUUAACUUUUCCUGCCCUGUGACUGUCAGGCAGGGCUGCAUCCUGGCACUAAAUGCACUUUCUUACAAAUGGAUAUGGAAACAGGAUGGUGACCAUUAACGUCUGGGCCUGGCCUAAAAACACCCAUACCCCUUUUCUGAAACAAGACUAAGCUGUGGCUCUUUGUUUGCUGAAUGGAAACACAUUUCAUUAUGCAACAGGCUGAGUUUAAUCUGGUUUAGAAAAUACAACCAGAGCAUGCAGAGGUGAUUCGCUCUGUAUAUAUAUAUAAAAGAGUGUGUACUCAAAUCUUCUAAGCUUUUUCGACACAGUCCGGACACCUUUUUGUUGCCUUUAAGCCAACACUCACACCCAGUACUCAGCACAGGAACGGACUGGAACUUAAUUCACCCAUAACACUGGUGGAAACUUACCGAGCAUUUUGGGGGGCCAGAAUUUGGCCUUUAGUCACUCCCAUCUGGUGAACGGGGUGAUUACACACCUCCACAAGCCACCUUCUAAUGGUUUUCAGACAGGAUGUUUAAGGCAGGCCGUGAGACUUUGUGAAAGCUCCCGUCAGCGCACAUCACAAAGUCUUAAAACGUCUGGAACAUUCGACCACAAAAUGGGUGAAAAUGAGAUCACUGGGUUUUUUAGGUUUGACAUCACUCUCUUGUGUUAGAGCCUCGACUUCCAUCUCUUUCUCUUUUUUCUCUCUUGAUCUUCGUUACAGCACCUUAAAUACUUGCAUCAGGGAAUGUAAUUGUUCAAAUGUAAAACACAGAUUUGCUAUGAUUUUAACCCACAGCUAUAUUUGCCUAAAGAUUUGUACACACUGCAGAUCUGCAUUUUUUACAACCUUUGGCACGUUCGGCAACUCAUGGGUGAAUCAUGUACUGUUUAAGGAACAGAUUGUGUAUUUGGAAAUGGUUUGGCAGGUUUGAUCUGUAUAUAAUUUGGCUUAUUUAAGCAAAUUCCUGGAGCUUAUUUGUUUACCAUGAAAAGACGAUGUGGAUUGUCCACAAACUUUGUUUUCUCUCUGUAUAGUCUGAGAUAAUAAAAAGUUUGUAAAAAGUG